UGACCGCGUGUGACAGUGUGUGUUGUUGUUGCUUGCGGACAGCGCGCUUCUAAGCGUGUCUGAAGGUAUAAAAGGCGGCCUUGACACACAACUCCCUAUCAUGCUGUCAGAGUCGUCAUCCAGAGACAGAGCCCCCGCUUAUGACGAGGCGGAAAAGGGUGCCUUGGAAGUCCAUGUCCGUCCGGUCGAGGUGGUGUUCAAUAGCGAGAAGAAGGAUCUUUCCAUUGCGCAGGUCUUGCCCUCCGAGAAGAAAGAAGUACCCUCAGCACCGCCUGCGAAGGCUGCUGGGAAACCGCCCAAGCGCAAGGUAUCCAAAUGGAUCCUCUGGCAACUUUGGUACAAUACUUACAGGAAACUGUUCACCAUCACUUUCUCCGUCAAUAUGAUCAUGUUCGGUUUCGUUGUGUCUGGUCAUUGGCCGUACGCUGUCAAGUACGGCGGUGCGAUGGCUGUCGGGAAUUUCAAUUUCUCCGUUCUGAUGAGGAACGAGAUCUUUGGGCGUCUUCUGUACCUCUUCGUCAAUACGUGCUUUGCCAAGUGGGCGCCAUUGAAGUGGCGUCUCGGUUGCACUUCCGUCCUCCAGCAUCUUGGUGGUAUCCAUUCCGGUUGUGCAAUCUCAGGAAUUAUAUGGCUUACACUGCGGGUGGUACAUGUCUUCGAAGCCCACGCCAUUGAAACCAACGCCCUGUUAGCUUUCGGUCUCAUCACAAACGUUACAUUGGUGAUUACCGCGGUAGCUGGAUUUCCAUGGGUGCGCAACACACACCACAAUGUAUUCGAACGCUGGCACCGUUUCAUGGGCUGGACUGGGUUGUUUGCAACCUGGCUCUUCGUUCUGUUUGGCGACUUGUAUGAUUCGACAACUAGACAAUGGAAUCUGAGCGGGCCACAUCUUGUUCGCCAGCAAGAUUUCUGGUACGUUAUGGGCAUGACGGCCUGGAUCGUUCUCCCCUGGAUUUGCACAAGAAAAGUCAAGAUCAAUAUCGAGCUGCCAUCCAACAAAGUCGCCGUGCUGCGAUUCGAACGUGGGAUGCAACAAGGUCUUCUCGGUCGUAUCAGCAGAAGCGCGGUGAAGGAGUACCACGCAUUCGGUAUCAUCUCCGAGGGUCCCCACGCGAAAUAUCAUUACAUGGUCUGCGGUGUGCAAGGCGAUUUCACUCGCAGUCUGGUGAACGAUCCACCCCAGUAUAUCUGGACCCGGGAGUUAAAGCUGGCUGGAGUUUCCAACACGUCAAAGUUGUACAAACGUGGGAUUCGCAUCUGCACUGGCACCGGCAUCGGCGCGGCACUUGCGACUUGCAUACAAUCUCCUUACUGGUAUCUGAUUUGGAUAGGAUCUGACCAGGAGAAGACGUUCGGCCCUACGAUUAGCGGUCUGAUCCACCGCAACAUCGAGCCGGAACGUUAUCUCCUCUGGGACAGUAAGGUCCGAGGUGGUCGUCCAGACACAAGGAAGAUCUUGAAGGAAGUAUACCACUCCUGGAAGGCUGAAGUUGUAUUCAUAACGUCCAACUACAUAGGAAACUCCGAGAUGAUGCAGGCAUGCAAGGAAGAGGGAAUCCCUCACUUCGGAACGCUAUGGGACUUCUGACAUGUUCCCACUGCGUUGCACAAGUUCACUAGAUCUCGCUAUAGACUUGAGGC